AUGCUCACCACCUGCCUUAAGUCAGCUCUGCGUCGUUUGCCUCGCUCUCUCUCUACAACACCCGCAAAAGCUUUACUAUCGACAACAAAUACUCAAUGGAACACUCACCAGAGUUCGUUCUUUUCGUGGAAGCUUGGAGCGAUUGGAGCGUCUGCUGCGGGUUUAGCACUAUGCACUGCUGUAUGCGAACAGCCAGUUGAGCAAGACGAAACUUCGGUACUUCCUGGCGAAGUGCGCUCCGAUUUGCCGAUUUUUACAUUUGAUGAAGUGCAAAAACAUACGGGGGCCGCGAAAAAUGGUACGUGGGUCGUUUAUAAACACGGUGUCUACGAUAUUACAAAGUUCAUUGCGUCGCAUCCUGGUGGUACCAAGAUUUUGUUGGCUGCUGGUCGCUCUAUUGAGCCAUUUUGGCAAUUGUAUGCUGCCCAUAACCAUGCAGACGUGCACAAGAUUUUGGAGACAUUACGAAUUGGUAAUUUGAGAGAAGAAGAUGUGAAGAUGCUGGAAAAGUUAAGAAAAGAGAGAUACGGCGAAGGGCCUUACAGUCGAGAUCCGUCUCGUCAUCCGGCACUUAAAGUGAAUUCUAGUAUGCCAUUUAAUGCAGAACCACCAGCAGAGCUGCUCAUGCAGUCCUUCAUCACCCCGAACGAUCUUUUUUUCGUGCGUAACCAUUUACCAGUGCCAGAAGUGGACAUUAAGAAGUAUACAUUGAAGAUUUCAGGGCUGGGAUUAAAGACGAAACAGGAAGUAGAAUUUACACUUGAUGACUUGAAAAGGAAAUUCAAGCAACAUACAGUGACUUCAACAAUCCAGUGUGCAGGAAAUCGACGUGCUGAGAUGUCAAACGUGAAACAAGUAAAUGGCUUAAGCUGGGAUACGACUGCGUUAUCGACCGCAAAUUGGACAGGUGUGCUGCUUUCAGAUGUAUUGGCGAGUAUUGGUAUUACAGAUGAGUAUUUACGACGAGCAGAGUGUGAGUGCGAUGAACAAAACAGCAUGGAGUCGUGUGACAAUUGCAUCACCGUCAUCCAGCACGUUCAGUUUGAAGGGUUGGACGCUGAUACGGAAGGCAACUCGUAUGGUGCAUCGAUCCCUGCUGCAACGGCAUUGGACCCCAGAAAAGAUGUUUUGCUUGCGUUUGAAAUGAAUGGAGAGGUGAUUCCGCGUGAUCAUGGCUAUCCAUUGCGUGCCAUCGUGCCGGGAACUGUAGGCGCUCGUAAUGUAAAAUUUCUGCACCGUAUCAUACUUUCAAGCGAGGAAAGUCCAAGCUUCUGGCAACAGCGCGACUACAAAGGAUUUCCACCUAACGUUGACUACACCAGGGAGGACUACUGGAAGUUUGCUAGCGAUUCCAUUCAGGAGCUACCCGUUCAGUCUGCCAUCACAGAGCCGAAAAACGGGUCCUCUUUCGUGGUGGAUGACGCAUCGGAUAGCUCGAUUGUGACUAUCAAAGGCUAUGCAUGGAGUGGGGGGGGCCGCAAUAUUAUUCGUGUUGAUAUUUCAAUUGAUGGUGGUAAGACAUGGGUACCUGCUGACUUGCACGAGUUAGGCAAGCGUCAAAAGUACAAUCGCGCUUGGGCUUGGACUCCGUGGGAGCUUGACGUGGAAGUACCUCCAGGUACUUCGAAUUUGGAUAUCAUGUGUAAGGCAAUUGAUGCUUCCUACAACGUUCAGCCCGAUACCAUUGCUCCCAUUUGGAACAUGCGUGGUGUGUUAAACAACGCUUGGCAUCGAGUGCAUGUUGAGGUGAAACAAUCCGAUGAAGAAGAUGAAUCGUAA